UUCCUUUCUCUUCCUCAUUUUACUGGGCUUAGAUAUUGAACAAUGAGAAAUAAUAAGGAAGAAUCGACAAGUAGUGCUACACAAGUCGUUGACUUAAUUUCAGCAGUAAAGGAAUUACAUCGACUCAACUCUCAAGAGCUUAACAGAUUAUUGAGGGACUCUGAAAAUUUUACUAUUCAGCAUGUUACUGAGAAAGGCUCAGUAUUAAAGAUUGAUAUGGAAAAAUUUGUGGGCUUUCUUCCUUUGCACCUUAUUGCCGUGCUUAUGUCCUCGGGCAGAGAUGAAGCCCUGUUCAGAUACUUGUUAUGUGGUCUCCGACUCUUGCAUUCCUUCUGCGAGUUAGCACCUCGGAAUGCAAAGCUUGAACAGAUUUUGUUAGAUGAUGUAAAAGUAUCAGAGCAGCUUCUUGACAUGGUGCUCUACUUGCUAAUUGUUUGUGGCAGAGUUGAACAGAAAAACCAUGAUUUUGGCGCCCUUCCCCUAGUGCAUUCGGCUUUAGUGGCAUGCAGUCUACAUUUGCUGACGGGUUUUAUAGCUUCACAGUGGCCAGAUCUUGUUCAUGUAUUACUCGCACAUCCUAAGGUUGAGAUAUUUAUGGAUGCAGCUUUUGGAGCAGUUUGUGCAGCCAUUAGGUUUCUUGAGAUCAAGCUAUCAGCUCAACAUAGUGAUUUUUCUUUUUGCAAAUACUCAAGCUUGAGUCCUGAACAAGAAGUGAAUUAUCUCUGCCAGCAAUGCGAGGCCUCUUUACAGUUUCUUCAGUCUCUGUGCCAACAAAAAACUUUUCGUGAGCGACUCUUAAGGAAUAAGGAGCUCUGUGGAAAGGGUGGCAUUUUGUUUGCAACGCAUGCUAUCCUGAGGUUAAACGUUACACCACAUUUUUUAGAGUUUCCCAGAGUAGUGGCUGCUGUAUCUAGGCUGAAAGCCAAAGUGCUAUCAAUUUUGGUGAGUCUUUGUGAAGCAGAAAGCAUUUCUUACCUGGAUGAAGUCGCAAGCUCACCAGGUACCCUGGAUUUGGCGAAGUCCGUUGCAUCAGAGGUCUUAGAUUUGUUGACUACUGCACUUGGUAGAGAUCCCAGACUUCUUACCACUGGCUCGGAAAGAAAUUAUCCAGUGGGAUUUUUGCAACUCAACGCAAUGCGUCUAGCUGAUAUCUUCUCAGAUGACUCUAACUUUCGAUCUUAUAUUACUAUAUACUUUACCAGAGUGCUGACUGCAAUAUUUUCGCUCCCUCAUGGAGAUUUUUUAUCCAGUUGGUGUUCUUCUGAACUCCCGGUAAAGGAAGACGAUGGAUCCAUUGAAUACGAUUCAUUUGCAUCAGCUGGAUGGGUUUUGGAUGUAUUGUCAUCAAUCAACCCACAGCAUGCACCGAGCUUAGAAUUUACAGUUGUCUCAAAUAGUUUGCAGCAGGCUUCGUAUGCACAUCAGAGAACUUCAUUAUUUGUCAAAGUAAUUGCAAAUCUCCAUUGUUUCGUCCCCAACAUCUGUGAAGAACAGGAGAGGAACCUCUUUCUUAACAAAUUUAUGGAGUGCUUGCAAAUGGAUCCAUCUAAUGCCUUGCCUGGUUUUUCUUUUACUUCUGAUGCUCCUAAAGCUGCCUCGGUCUGCAGGAAUUUGCGUUCCUUGUUAAGUCAUGCAGAAUCCUUAAUUCCUAACUUUUUAAAUGAGGAGGAUGUACAGCUAUUAAGGGUUUUUUUUAACCAACUGCAAUCAUUACUAAAUUCACGUGAACAUGAAGAGAACCGAGUUCAAGAAAGGAAAUUUGAGGAGCCAAUGUCGUGGGAGAAGUUUUCUAAACUCAACCUCAUCGAGCAUCAUCAGGAGGCUCAGAGUGCGGGGGGAUGUUCAUCACCUUUGCUGAUGAAAGAACCUCCUAAUCUUAAUAACCGAAGUAGUAGCUUGAAGGAGGAGAUGUCCGAGAAUUCUGCUAUUCAAGAUGCGGACCAAAAAUAUCAGAAUAUUGAACAUACGGCUCAAGGAGGUGAUGCAGUGAGGGAAGACAAAGGUAAAUCGAGCAGGAGCGCAUUUGGUGGCACGGUAGAGAUUGAUAAAGAUGCCCAAAAUGUUGAAACAAGUGGUUCAGAUACUAGUUCCACGAGAGGAAAAAAUGUUGAUCAAAUGGACAACAGCGAAUUUCCAAAAUCAAGUGCGCCUACUAAAGAAAGUGGGUAUGGAAGAAACGCAGCAGAAGAAAAAAAGGUUGAAACCGUUCAGCAUGACGAAAAACAGAGGAGAAAACGGAAGCGAACCAUAAUGAAUGAUAAGCAGGUGGAACUGAUGGAGAGGGCCCUUGUAGAUGAACCUGAUAUGCAGCGAAAUGCAUCUUUAAUUCAAGCCUGGGCUGAUAAAUUAAGUUUUCAUGGUUCUGAAGUUACAAGUUCGCAGCUGAAAAAUUGGUUGAACAACAGAAAAGCCAGGCUUGCUCGCACGGGCAAGGAUGUCCGUCCGACAUUGGAGGCCGAGAACUCUUUCCUGGAGAAACAAGGUGGCCCAAUACUGAGGUCCAAUUACUCACCCGAGAGUCCUGGCGAAGAUGCUACUGUCCAGCCAAAUGUGGGGAGAGAUCCUCAAGCAAUGACUUGGAGAACCAAUGCAGCUGAAACAUCCGAGGUGGCCCCUGCAGAAGCUGCCUUUGGUCCUUCAGAAUUCGUUCAAUGCGAGCCUGGGCAACAGGUCGUUAUUGUGGAUGCAGCUGGAGAGGAGAUAGCUAAAGGAAAGGUGUUUCAGGUGCAUGGAAAAUGGUACGGAAAGAACUUGGACGAACUACGGACAUGUGUUGUGGAUGUUAAGGAUCUCAAAGUAAAGAGAGGAACUAGGCUUCCACACCCAUCUGUGGCGACCGGAGGCUCAUUCGAAGAGGCCGAAACAAAAAUUGGUGUUAUGAGAGUGUUGUGGGAUUCAAGCAAAAUUUUCGUUUUGCGUUCUAAAUAAAUGCUAGCUAUGCUCAAGUGGCUGCACCUUUUUUUUUUUUUGAUUAAUUUUUUUCUUCGGUCUGGAGCUGUCACUUUUACCUAGUGUAGUUAGACCAUUUUUCUUUACAGAAUGAGAAAUUUCUUUAGAAUCUGCUUUCACAUUGAGAUAUAUUUGAGCUAUAAAAGAAUCCUAUAUGUAA